AUGCGAGACCCGCUGUCCAGCAUCCAUGUGAUCCAGCCAGCAGGCAUGAGAGGCCACCUCAUCAUCUGGUCUCCACACAUACUGCUCUACUCACCCAACCAUGGCGUUGUGAUUGUGCCAGUGUACAUUAUGGGAGAAGAGAAUGCCACCCUCCCGCCUCCUAAAGUCACCAUUUUACAGGUGGCAACAGACGACAACGGUGCGAUGGCUGUUCUCACCAGCGACGGGGUACUGUAUUAUGGCAGGGCUGGACUGGAGGCAACUACAGUAAGGUUUGCGUCUGUCAUUGACCUGUCCAAGGACAACCUAAUGCUGUUCAGUGACUAUGGGGACCUGAUGAUGAUCCAAGCCCGUGAGGACCAGCUGCUCGGAGGGGUGGACUUUGACCAUAAGGUUAUCAUUGUCCAGCAGGAGCUAACACGUACCACACCACCCGUUCAGUCCUGCCCAGUGGAGCAGUUCCACAGCACGUUUGCAGGGGAGCUCUUCUACAUCGACAUGGGCGGCACUGUCCACCUGUCUGCUGUCUACAUCCCAUCACCUCUUUGCAAAUUCUUCCCCCUGGUGACAGUUACAGAGUCUAAGCUUCUGUCCUUAGAUGAGACGUGUGUAGAGGACGGCACUACUACAGAGGGCACCAAGAAAUACCGCCUGGACAUUGAACUGAAGCAGUUGUUCUUUAUGGAGACAGCAGACGGAACCCUCAAGCCGAGUUCCAGUCUACGUAAAGGCAGCCUCUCCACAGUGGCAGUAGACCUGAUGGGAAGAAACGUGUCCUGCAAAGACUUCAACCCCCUGAAAGCUCACAUUCUCAUUGGAUGCCCUCCUGGAAAGCAUACCCGAGUUCUUAAGGACAUAACCACUUGCACUAAAGGCACGUUUACUCAAGAGCAGCUUCAGGACAACUUCUCUUACGUCAUCCCCAAAGCUGUGUAUGACCCUCAGCACCUGUUCCGGCCUGGCUCUGCCUCCAGUGACCUGCACAUCUCCUACAGCAUCACAGACUACUUCUGCCCCUUACUGGUCUAUCACGACACCCCCUGGAUACCCUCCCUGGAGCUGUGAGUGACCCACAAACCCCCCAAAAUACACACACGGGCAACCCCUUAACAGCUGUUACUGUAGAACGUUCAGUGGAAGAAACCUGUCGUCUCUGUGAAGUGGAGUUCAGACAGAC